ACUCCAGCGCUGCGGGUGCUGGUGAGAUUGGCUGAGGAGCCACUUGGGAAGCUCACACAUAGCUGCUGCCUGGCUGUGCCCGAAUUCUGGCAUUCCAACGGUGAAUUAAGUGUUUACCGGGCUGCAGCCUGUAGCGCUCUGUGACCAGCUGCGCCUCACAGCCCUGGUGAGCCCCAUCGCUCCCCACUCACCGGUGCUUGGUCGCUGCUGAACGUGGCCAGAGCGCUCCAAACCCAGUGCCUGCGGCCGGCGCCGAGGGGAUAAAGCCUUCGCGGCCGUCUCCUUGUCCGUCCCCACCUGUGGUAGCCGCGGAGGGCCUCACCUGCGGCCCGGGCCGCGACCCGGCACUCCCCGCCUCCAAGACGAACUACAUCUCCCAGCGGGCUGCGGACGGAGGGGCUCGGCCGGUACCGUGUCCGUCUCCCGGCGGCGAGCACAGCGAGGCGAGCGCGGUCCCGGCUCCGGCCGCGGCAGGUUAAAACAUCCCGUUUCUGAAAUUGUACAGAAGCGUUGAAGUCCUGUGAGUGACGGAACAUCGUGUAGAUCAAAUCCUAUCUCAAAAAGCAACCAUUAUGCUGCUUGAAGUGUUCCUGCUUGUGGGUGCAGUCAUCAUCUACUUCUUAUUUCCCAAGAAGAAAGAAGAAACAUUACCCUUUGAAGAGGGAUGGUGGGGCAAGGGCCAAAAGCCUGAUGCCAAAGAAGAUACAACUAUUCGGCCAUUUAAGGUGGAAACUACAGAAGAAGAGCUGAGUGACUUAUAUAGGAGACUUGACCAGGCUCGAUUCACUGAGCCACUGGAGAACAGUUACUUCCAUUAUGGGGUUAACUCAGUGUACCUCAAGAAGGUCAUCUCCUACUGGAAAAACCAGUUCAAUUGGAAGAAACAAGUUGAAGUCCUCAACCAGUACCCACAGUUCAAAACGAAGAUUCAAGGCAUUGAUAUCCAUUUUGUUCACGUGAAGCCUCCUCACCUGCCUACAGGCCAGUCUGCAAAGCCAUUGUUAAUGGUUCAUGGCUGGCCUGGCUCAUUCUAUGAGUUCUACAAAAUCAUCCCUCUCCUGACGGAUCCUGCAAGCCACGGCCUCGGUGCUGAACACGUUUUUGAAGUCAUUUGCCCAUCUAUCCCUGGUUAUGGUUUCUCAGAAGCGCCUCACAAGAAAGGCUUUAACUCUGUAAAUGCCGCUUCUGUCUUCUAUGAACUGAUGCUCAGGCUGGGAUUCAAUGAGUUCUACAUGCAAGGUGGUGACGCGGGCUGGCUCAUCUGCACCAAUCUGGCCCAGAUAGCUCCCACCCAUGUGAAAGGUCUCCAUUUAAAUUUCGCCUUAACUACCAACGUAGGGUUCAUUCACCUGCUCUCUGUCCUGCUGGGCAGCUACUUUCCAGGGCUCUUCGGUUUCCAGGAUGAAGAUGUCAGGCGGAUGUUUCCUUUCAUGAAGAAAUGGGUCUACAGGAUUUUGACGGAGACUGGCUACGCUCACAUACAGGCUACAGUGCCUGAUACUGUUGGCUGUGGUUUGAAUGACUCUCCUGUAGGACUGGCUGCAUACAUCUUGGAGAAGUUUUCUACAUGGACUGAUGUGGAGUUCCGUAAUUUAGAGGACGGAGGACUAGAGAGGAAGUUUAACCUGGAUGAUCUGCUCACCAAUGUCAUGAUCUACUGGGUGUCAGGCUGUAUGGUCUCCUCCAUGCGUUUCUACAAAGAAAACCUGCAGAAGGGGAUAGGUACACAGAAACAUGAAAAGCUCACAGUACAAGUACCUACUGGCGUUGCCUCCUUCCCUAAUGAAAUCACACACACGCCCCAGGCGUGGGCCCAGAAGAAAUACACCAACAUAGUUUCCUUCCAUUUCAUGCCUCGAGGUGGCCACUUCGCAGCUUUGGAGGAACCUGAACUUCUUGCUGAAGAUAUUCUGCAAUUUGUUGGGAAAGUAGAGAAAGAGCAACUUUGGAGAAAGAAAGAGUAACUCCACUGACAAACAGCAGAGUGACUGCUUAUAGCUUAGCACACGUACAAGCCUUACUAAGUCUACUGUAAUCCAUGUAAUUACAUCUUAUUCUUGAUCAGAUGCGAGAGGACACCAAGAAAAUGCAGUGUAUCUCAAUGAGAUACUGCCAUGGAGACCUAUCGCUUGUGGGUUGGGUCUCUUUUGUUCAGCUAAGCUGAGACAGUAGCAUGAAGAUCACUUGGUUAUCUUCUCCCCCAAGCAGCCUUCCAAAAUCUGUUCUGGAGUAUUCCUGACCCUUGCUUUGAUACUGAAAAAUAGACCUUAAACAUCACAAUUAACUAAUUAGAGUUUAUGAAAGGCUUUUUUUCAUGGCAGCAGUAAAACUUUGAGUUGGUGUAGGUGUGAGGUACCUCACACAAAGAAUGGGAACAGCAAGACCUGACUUGUGUGAGUGCAUGGGUUAGUCAGCAUCGGUGAUCUGCAGAACCUUGCCACCAGCCAGCUGGCUGCUGCUGGCUGCCCUCCCACCCAUCCUGGGCUGCUGAGCACCUUCCUGGCCAGGAGGCAGCUCUGCUCCCCUCUGCCAGGCUGCUGGGACAGCAAGGUGUGAGGAGCAGCUCAAACACACCACCUCAGACCACAGGGAGGGACUGGGUAGGAGUUAGUGUAGCCCAAGCUCCCUCCACACUGAAUUUGUACUCUUAACCAAAAUCAUGGCCUUGGACAGGCUCAAGACACUGUGGCUUUGCACUGCUGCUGCAGAGGAUUGUAAAUGCCUCUUCUAAAGAAUAAAAGUGUGAUUGAUUAA